ACUGUUCUCACCGCCGUUUGCCGUCCGUGUGUCUGUCAGCCACGCUAAUCUGCUUUAGGGCAGAAGCUUGCACACACAGACUCUGAUAAACAGAGGGGAACUGUACGGGAGCACACAGCAUCACACCGUGUUUGUGGACACCAAGCCGCUGGGUAAGCUGUAAGUUGACCCUCUCAACACUAUUGAAGUGAAAAGGGAGAACUCUAGUACAAAUGUUAUGAGCUGGAUUCACCUGCCUGUUGCAUUAGACAGAUGUGAUGCUCCCGGCAUAAGUGAAUGGCCCCUUACGUAGCAGACAUGACAUCAGAGGUACCCCUGGGCCCGUGGGUGCCCAGCCCUGUGGGGGAGGUCAAGGUACUGCCUGAACACGGGCUGGAGGAGCAACUCAACAGUUGCAACCAAGAAAUUACGCACUAUCACACAUGUGACAUGGCCACUGAGGAAUGUGCAGGACUACCUGACAGUCUGUGCAGCGACGAGCCGUUUUGCAGGAUCUGCCAUGAAGGCAGGGCCUCAGGGGAGCUGCUGUCCCCCUGCGAGUGCUGCGGUAGCCUGGCCAUGGUGCACCGCACAUGCCUGGAGCACUGGCUCACCGCCUCCAACAGCAGCCACUGUGAACUGUGCCACCACCAGUUUGCACUGGAGCGCCUGCCAAAACCUUUUACUGAGUGGUUGUGUGCUCCCUCCGUGCAGCAUCAGCGGAGGACCCUGUGCGGCGAUGCGGUGUGCUUCCUGUUCAUCACGCCGCUGGCCAGCCUAUCAGGAUGGCUGUGUGUCCAGGGAGCCAUGGACCUGUACUACGCCAACGCCAUGGAGGCCCUGGGGCUGCUGGUCCUCACGCUGGCCCUCUUCACCAUAUUCGUCUUCUGGACCAUGGUAGGCUCAGGGUCUCUGUGCGCUACCACAUGCAUCUGUUCGAGACGUGGAAGAAGACGGACCAGAGAGUGCGACUGCAGAUUCCCUUGCCCCCCCAUACCACACCAACCCAACAGACCCUGUCCAUAAACCCCUUCAGCAAACCCCCCAACAAAGAGACCAUGGUGUAGUAGACUACAGUCUACACUCCUGAACAUACAAGAGCUGGAGGACGUUUACGCCAGACUCUGGAACCUUUUCUCAAACAAUUGAGUCAGCAAAGACUUACGGAGACUCGUCUUACAGUGAUAAAAUGUGAAAUUGUCCCAAAUCAGAAGAGUCAUUCUGGCAACUGGUUGGACAUGUUUGGUAUUUUUCUACAAUGACAAUCAGUAUCAUUGUUUCCUGAAGACAACAAAGCGUCGUGGACUUAUUUGACGAUCCAGUUGUUUUUCCUCCUUGUGAAGUAGGCCCAAGAAGACAAAUGUGCUGCAACUUGGCACUUCUAAUAUCUACAAUAAGAGUGUGUUUAACUUAGAAGACCUAAAGUCUAGCUUUGGAGCUCUUGAGUCAGACUAUACAAACUAUUCAAUUAGGCUUGGCUCAGUAUUCAUGCCACAGCUGAUCGUAGUGUUUAUACUUUUUAUUUACCUCAGAAGUCAGAAAUGGGAAUGAUGUCACACCCGAGUUGACCACAGUUACAACUAGAGAUGGUCCCAUACCAUUUUUAGCUUCCCAAUACCGGUACCUUAACUCGCGAAUGGGCUGAUACCAAGAACUGAUAAGAUACCAGAAUGGAUGCUAUAUGAUUUCUAUCAUUUUUGUAUGGUCUGGCUCUGGUUAAACAGGGAAAAACACAAACAAUGAAUGCUGAAUAAUUUUGUUUUACUAUUCAGUUUGACAGUCCUAACGGAAAAAAGAACAAGUUACUUUUUAAUUUUCUUAAGGUAUAAAUUACGUGGUAUGAGAUAGAUGCAUAGAGAUCCAGAGUUCCAAAACUGACACCAGCAUUUAUUAAAAAAAAAAAAAAAAAAAAAAAAAAAAAAAAAAAAAAGUAAAAGGGAAGGUAAUGAAGCCUUUUAUACAUUCUCAUGUUUCUUUAGAAAUGAAUAAUGGACAAAUUGAGUCUUUAAGCGCUUCAGAUGUAAAGUUAUUCGCUGUCAAAAUGAAUGACAGUUAAUGGGUUGCUAACGUCAGGUGAUGGCUUGUUAGCAUCAAAAUGGCGCCACAUGUAGUAUGCGUUGUGGAGAGACUACUACUACUGCCACCCCUAUUUGUGAUUUGUGGGUGAACCAACUGUUUAACCUGUGUUGCUUCCUCCUGUUUAGUUCUAACAGUAAAUUAAGUUUGAGUAUGCUAGCACAGCUUUUCCCGACAAUUUAACUAGAAUGUUAUAUUUUGUUGUAAUAAACGGCCUUUAAUACAA